AUGCUGCGCCUGCUGCUGCCCCUGCUGUGGGCAGGGUCCCUGGCCAAGGAUGAGGACCACUGGGUGAGAGUGCAGAAGUCCGUGACGGUGCAGGAGGGCCUGUGUGUCUCCGUGCCCUGCACCAUCAUCUAUCACCAUUACAACUGGACAGACUCUACCCCAGCUCACGGCUACUGGUUCCGGGAAGUAGCAAAUGAACUCUCGGAUCCACCAGUGGCCACAAACAACCCAGAUUGAAAAGUGCAAGAUAAAACCCAGGGCCGAUUCCACCUCCUUAGGGACCGCGGGAACAACAGCUACUCCUUGGACAUCAGAGAUGCACAGAGAAGGGACACAGGGACAUACUUCUUUAGGGUGGAGAGAAGGGAUUAUAAAGUAUAUAGUUACCAACAGAACCGGUUUUCUGUACAUGGGACAGCUCAUUUACAGACACCGGACAUCCACUUUCAAGGGUUCCUAGAAUCUGGGAACCCCAAGAUCAUUACCUGUGCGGUACCAUGAGCCUGUGAGAGGGAAACGCCCACAGAAUUCUACUGGACUGGAGUCAACAUCACCUCGCUGGGUUCCAGGACUUUCGACUCCUCAGUGGUCACCCUCACACCAGGGCCACAGGACCACGGCGCCAACCUCACCUGUAGAGUGACCUUCCCUGGAGCUGGCGUGAGCACGGUGAAGACCAUCCAGCUCAAUGUGUAUGCACCACAGAACCUGACCAUUCGUGUCUUCAGGGGAAACAGCACAGUCCCAGAGGUCCUGGGUAAUGCCACCUCCCUGCAAGUCCAGGAGGGCCAGGCCCUGCGCCUGGUCUGUGAAACGGAUGGCAACCCCCCAGCCAAGCUGAGCUGGUCCCGUGGGAGCCUGACCCUGAGCCCCUCCAAGCCCUCGGAUCCAGGGAUCUUAGAGCUGCCCCAGGUGGUCUUGUCAGACGGAGGGGAAUUCAUCUGCCGAGCUCAGCACCCACGGAUCUCUUACAGCACAUCCCUGAACCUAGUUGUGCAGGGACCGAGGGCACAGUGGGUGCUGGUGGUUAUCGGGCAGGCAGCUGUCAUAACCCUGCUCCUCCUCCUGGUCAUCAUCAUCCUCACAGUGAAGUCCUGCAAGGGGAAGGCAGCCAGGGCCACAGAAAACAUGGAGUAUGCAAACAUCGUCCCAGGUCGGGCCCUCAGACACCAGAGAUGCCUCAGUGAACACAACUUCAAAAGUAUCGACCAUCCAAAAGAUGUGAAAAGACGCUUCUGCAAAGAAAGUAUACAGAUGACCAACAGGUACAUUAAUGAAAUUGUCCCCAAUGUUCGUCAUUAG